AAAAUUUAUCACCUAUGGCCUUCAAAUAAUUAUGGAGAAAAAAUUCAAUACGUUGCCUGGGGACCAAGAGGCAACCAAUUGGCUUACGUAUACAGAAACAAUAUUUUCUACAUUUCAAAAGUAAAUGGCACACAUCAUAUAGUUACAAAUAGUGGCAUUGAAGAAGUUGUAUAUAAUGGGAUUCCCGACUAUUUGUAUGAAGAAGAAAUAUUGAAAUCAAGUCAAGCUCUUUGGUGGUCUCCAGAUGGAAACUUUUUAUGUUUUGCCACUUUUAAUGACACUAGUACUGGCAUUUACUACUAUAAUUGGUAUGGAAGCCACAACGAUAGCAGCAAUGUUAUUGCCAAACUUAAGUCCUUGCGGUAUCCUAAAGCCGGUCGUGAAAAUCCCACUGCAGUCCUUUGGGUUGUAGAUGUUCGAAACCCAUCCAGGAUAUUGCAUCGAGACGUGAAACCUCCCAGAGAAGUUCAGGACCAAUUAGUUCACGUGUGGUUUGUAUUAUUCACGCAACAAGCAUUGAAUAAUAAUCUUCCAUGCAACAUUGUAUCUAUUCCAUGCAAUCAUUUUGAUAUGAUGAGUAGGGAUCAAGAGUUUGGAGGAGACAGUAAGGCAAAGCUUGUCUACAUAUACGAACAGAGACCUCCAAGUAGAAAAGGAUGGGUUGACCUUUAUGAUCCAAUGAGGUUUGGGCACAGUGGUAAGAGUUGGUUUAUUAAGCUACCACUUUCAGAAGGAAGCAGAGGUCACUUUCGUCACAUAGCUGUAGUUCACAAUGAAACACGCUUUGUUGAGUUUUUAACGGAAGGAAAAUUUGAUGUUACGAAGAUAGUUGCGUAUCACGAAGGUUCAAAUACUGUUUACUUUCUUGCAACCAAAGAAAACAGAACUCAUGAGCGCCACCUAUAUUCUAUUUCUGCAAAGAAAAGCAAAUACUCGAAUCUCAUGAAAUGUCUGACUUGUGAUGAAGGAUAUUUAUGUCUUUAUAACAAUGCCAUCUUCAGUCCAAAUGUAGAAUAUUAUGUGCUAGAAUGUCUUGGACCUGGAGUACCUAAAAUAGAAAUUCGAUCAAUCUAUAAUCAGACAAUAAUUGUCUUAGAUACUAACAGCGAUCUUAAACAACGUGUUGAGCAAAGAACUAUGCCACAGAUUAGAACAUUUCAUGUUCCUAUAAAAAGUGGAUACAAGGCUCAAGUCCGUCUUUUGUUGCCGCCAGAUCUUGCAGACAACGAAGCAUCUCUUUAUCCUCUUGUACUGUAUGCGGAUGGUGCUCCUGGAUCUCAAUUAGUAACAAAUGAAUUUAACAUCCAUUGGGGUACAUACUUAUCAGGACGGAGAAAUCAAAUCUAUGCUUGGAUAGAUGGGAGAGGAAGUGGAAAUCAAGGAGACAAAGUGAUGCAUGAAAUAUACUAUCAUUUGGGUACAGUAGAAAUAGAAGAUCAAAUCGAUGUCAUUAGGUAUCUGCGCGAUAAUUUGCCUUUUAUUCAUCCAACAAACAUUGCUAUUUGGGGGCAAGCCUAUGGUGGCUUUGUAGCUGCAUCUGCUUUGGCUGCAGAAAAAACAGUUUUUAAAUGCGCCAUUGCUGUUGCCCCAAUAACAAGUUGGAUAUACUACAACUCGGCCUAUACUGAAAGAUAUAUGGGAACUCCUUUACCACAAGACAAUUAUAAGGGUUAUGAGAGAGCGAGUUUAAUCAAAAAGGCUCACAAUUUUAAAGGAAAAAAGAUUCUAUUGAUACAUGGAACUGCAGACGCUUCUGUGCACAUUCAACAUUCAACAAUGUUCAUGAAAGCACUCACGGAAGAAGGUGUUCUAUUUCAAACCCAGAUAUAUACGGAUGAAAAUCACACUCUCAAAAAUGUUAAACGGCAUAUGUAUCGUACGAUGGAGGACUUUCUGACGAAAUGUUUUACAAAUCAAAAAGAUGAUUAUGAUGGAACAUGAAGCCAAGUAAAUUGGACAUUUAAAUACAUGUAAGUGAAUCCAGACCUUAAAAAUUUUAACGUGUACAUAAGAAAUGGUGUUCACAAAAGGGAAAUCAUUAACCACAAUGGUUCCAAAGGAGGAAAAAACAAAUUAAUGUCCCGGAAUGACAUAAAUGUAUUGUUGGAGUAUGAGUAUUGUAAAAACUUUAAAAAAAGUGUAUGUAAAUAAUAUAUAUUUUUCCCGAUAAUUUAUGGACAUUAUUUCGUUUACUCGAAGACAGUUUUUAAUAUCAGAGCUCACAGUAUAAGCUGUUUUUUUUUCUAAAUGUUUGAAAUGUGAACUGGUAACAUCAUGAACUGUAUUUUGUACCAAGGAAAAGUUAUUUUGUAUGAAAAAAAAUAGUUUUUGUAUUAAGUUUUGUAUUAGAAGGUGCCAAAUUUAUUAAAAUAUCUUUAAUUUUAGAUUAAGCUUUCGAUCUAUUCCUAUUUUAUCCGUUUUGUUGUUUUCCUAAUGUAUUGUACAUAAAAUGUCUGACAAUUAUCUUCUAUCUUUCAUUUUUAUUUGUUUUCUACUUUCACUGAGAGGUAAUGCUAAAAUUUAAAGUGUCAAAUUAUAAAGUAUUUUAUGGGCCAAAGUUGUUUUGUAUUAUUAUUUUUCUUCGUGUAAGAAAUUUUUUAAUGUGAUUUUCAAAUUGGAAAAAAUUAUAAGUUAAGAAUUUAGUAUCAGUACUUCCUUAAUUUACUUUAUUUUAAAAAAUAAGUUAUAAAAGUAUAUUUUUAAAAAAAUUUGUAUAAAAGAACUAAAUGUUACAAAUAUAAUCCGAUAAUUGAUGAUGAAUGUUUAAUGAUGUUAUGGUUUUACGUUUUAAGGGAAGUUAUGAUUGCAAUAUGUGAAUAUAAUCUAUUAUUUAAUAUCAUUUAUUUCAAACAUAAUUUCUCUCAAAUUGGUAAAGCUUUUUACUAAUGCUUUUAAUUUAAACUAUUUUUUUUCCUUAAAUUAUAUAUAUGUUGGUUAAAAUUAAAUAUUAUUUUUUUUACAGGAUCUCAAUUAAAUUUACGGUAGUAUCAAACUUUGUUUUUACACGAAAUUUUCUGUACUUUUUCAUAUGUGUGGAAUAAAUCAAAUUUGAAAUUUUCUCUUUAAUAUUCAGGAAACAAAAGUUGUAAGAGUGAUAAAAUUUAAAACUCACCACAGUCUUAAUAUAUGAAAUUUUUUAAGAUACUU